AUGUCUCUGCAAGGAGUGGGUGCCGAUGACCUGAUUUUCUAUGUGAAUGGGAGGAAGGUAAUAGAGAAAAAUGCUGAUCCUGAACAAAUGCUGUUAUCUUACCUGCGAAGGAGACUCCAUCUUACAGGAACUAAGUAUGGCUGUGGAGGAGGUGGCUGUGGUGCCUGCACGGUGAUGAUAUCAACUUACGAGCCAGCUUCAAAGAAGAUACAACAUUACUCAGCAAACGCAUGUUUGCUUCCCAUUUGCUGCUUGUAUGGUGCAGCAGUGACCACAGUGGAAGGUGUUGGAAGUACAAAAACCAGGGUUCACCCAGUUCAGGAAAGGCUUGCCAAGUGCCAUGGCUCCCAGUGUGGUUUCUGCUCCCCUGGAAUGGUGAUGUCCAUAUACACUUUGCUAAGAAACCACCCAGAACCAACUCCAGAACAGAUGAUUGCAUCUCUGGCUGGAAACUUGUGUCGCUGUACUGGAUAUAGGCCAAUCCUAGAUGCCUGUAAAACCUUCUGUAAGGAAUCCGUUUGUUGUCAAAGGGAAGCAAAUGGAAAGUGUUGCUCUGAUCAGGAAGAUGAUUUGUUUGACAAGGAAGAGGAGGUUUCCACCAGGCUGUUUUCAACAGAUGAAUUCCAGCCUUUAGAUCCCACCCAGGAGCUUAUAUUUCCUCCCGAACUAAUGAGAAUGGCUGAAAAUCAACCAAAAAGAACUCUCUUUUUUCAUGGCGAGCGUAUGACAUGGAUUUCUCCUGUAAACUUAGAUGAAUUACUGGAUUUGAAAGUUGCCCACCCCAAAGCACCUGUUGUGGUUGGGAACACUGGUGUGGGACCCGAGAUGAAAUUCAGAGGUGUGUUCCAUCCAGUUGUUAUUGCUCCUGCAAGGAUCCCGGAUCUGAAUGUGGUGAAAUGCACAGAAGACGGUUUAACUCUGGGAGCUGCCUGCAGCCUCUCUGUAGUGAAAGAUGUUUUGACAAAUGCGAUCUCAGAGUUCCCUGAAGAGAAGACAAAGGUUUUUUGUGCUGUCUUUCAACAGCUAAGGACUCUGGGCGGAGAACAGAUAAGAAACGUUGCUUCAUUAGGUGGAAACAUCGUAAGUAGAAAAUCAAGCUCAGACUUGAAUCCGGUUCUGGCAGCCAGCAAUUGUAUGCUCAAUCUGGCUUCAAGAGGAAAAAAGCGACAGAUUCUUUUGAGUGAUAUUUUUGGAGAAGGAUUUGGCAAUAAUACCAUUACACCAGAAGAGAUCUUAGUCUCUGUCCAUAUUCCUUGUUCUAGGAGGGGGGAGUAUGUCUGUGCAUUUCGACAAGCACCAAGACGGGAAAAUGCUCUCGCAAUAACCAAUGCUGGGAUGAGAGUCCUUUUUGAAGAAGGUACAGAUGUAAUAAAGGAUUUAAGCAUUUUCUAUGGAGGUGUUGCUUCAACCACGGUCUCUGCGAAACAAACCUGUUCGGCCCUUACUGGAAGACACUGGAAUGAACAAAUGUUGGAUGAAGCUUGCAGACUAAUUCUUAAAGAAAUUGCUGUUCCAGGCUCAGCCAGUGGUGAAAAAGUAGACUAUAAGAAAACUCUGAUAGUCAGUUUCUUCUACAGAUUUUUCCUGGAAGUACUGCAGUCAUUAAAGACAAUGGAUCCUUACCACUCUCCUGGCAUACCCAUGGAAUAUAGGAGCGUCCUACAAGAUUUCAAAACCAAAAUGCCCCAGAGUAUCCAAGUGUACCAGGCAAGUGAUUAUUCUAUGAUUGUUAAGUGCUUGCUAAAAAGUCAUGGUUCAAGCAUGACCCUUGCUGUGAAGCUCAG